UAUUGACGCGCUUUCAAACGCUCGGUUGCUCGAUCGGUAGAGAGACAAUCAAGGCUCCAAGUGAUUUAUUUUGACACCUUUGGGAUAGCUCAAUAUGUUAACGUGGCAGUUGUGGUGCGCUCUAUUGUUCGUAUCGUGGUUCUAUUUCUUGUGGACGCGCCGCAGAUUCUAUCUAUUAACGCUUAAGAUACCUGGCCCACAGGGCUAUCCAAUAAUUGGCAUGGCACAUAAGCUGCUUCGCAGGGAAAAUGUGCUGAAAGAAUUCGGUUUCUAUUUGGAUAAGCAUGGACCCACCAUUUUCUCUUGGCUGGGUCCCAUACCAUUUAUGAUAGUGAGCGAUCCACAAAUUAUACAGGAUAUAUUCACAUCACCGCAUUGCAUCAACAAGGGCAUCAUCUACAAGGCCGUCGAUGAUGGAGCUGGCUUGGGAUUAUUCAGCUUGACAGAUCCUCGCUGGAGCGUACAUCGCAAGCUACUGAAUCCGGCAUUUGGACACAAGGUGUUGCUUAGUUUUUUGCCCAUUUUCAACAACGAGACAAAAGCUCUUCUCAAGCUAUUCGACACAUUAGUGGAUGAUGGCGAAAAGGAUUUGAUACCGUAUCUACAAUAUUUUACCUUGGGCAUAGCAACGCAAACCACAAUGGGAAGUGAUGUGAAGUUGGAUGGGGGCAUUAACAACAAUCGUCUGCUCGAGGAUUAUCAAUGUGUUUUGGAAUCUAUGACAGACAUGUGCUUUUCACCAUGGCUUAGUAGUAAAACCGUACGUCAACUCUUCGGCAAGGAGGAGCGCUACUCGAGCGCCAAGUCGGAGAUACGUGGGUUCAUCAGAAAGCUAAUAGAAAGAAAACUGGCUAGAGAUGCAGAAAUUGCUGAAAAUGGUAAUCCUUCCCCCUUGGAAAAAAACAUAUUUUUAAACCUAGCAACAGACCUGCUAAAACGUGGCAUCUUCAGCUGGAAAAACGUAGAAGAUGAAUCAAAUGUUAUUGUUUUUGGAGCUUUUGAAACAACUGCCAACACGGUUGCCUAUACAUUAAUUCUGCUUUCGAUGUUUCCCAAAUACCAGGAGAAAGCAUUUGAGGAGAUUCUCGCUUUGUUUCCCGACCCUGGAGACUUCGAGGUAACCUACGCGGAUACACAGGAAAUGGUCUAUUUGGAUCUUAUUCUAAACGAAUCAAUGAGAGUGAUACCGCCUGUUCCAGUCGUCUCUCGGCAAACGUCCCAGGACGUACUGCUUUCAAGUGGAGUUGUUGUUCCAAAGGGAGUUCAAAUUGCCAUCGAUAUAUUUCACCUGCAUCGCAGUAAGAAAAUUUGGGGUGAGGGCGCGGAAACAUUUGAUCCGGAACACUUUCUGCCCCAUCAUUACCAAAAUAAGCAUCCAUACGCAUUUAUACCUUUCACAAAGGGCAUUCGGAAUUGCAUAGGCUGGAGAUAUGCUAUGAUAUCUGCAAAAAUUACGUUGGCGAAAUUGCUAAGGAAUUACAAAUUCUCAACUAGCUUUAAAUUUGAAGAUCUUUAUUUUGUAGAGGACAUAACUAUAAAACUUAAGACAGUGCCGCUACUGACGCUACAAAGGAGAACUUGAUAGCUUAUGCUAUUAUUCUGCAUACCUAUGUUAUUUUCUUACAUUGUGUAAAUAUGAGUAAAUAAUUGUUAUGAAUAUA